AAUUUAAGUAGCGGCGGAAUCAGCACUGGUGCUAUCGCAGGAAUCAUCGCUGCUUGCGUCGUAGUCGUGCUGGUCUUUGGAUUCGUCAUCGCUCGCCGCCGCCACUCUGGAGGAGCUCAGAACCAAGGCCAGACCGGUUUGUGGGACGACGAUGUCAUCACGGCCAACCGAAUUCCGCGUGAGAAGGUCCGCGUUAACGAGCUUGUCAGUCGGGGCGCCUUUGGCGAGGUCUACACUGGAGUUUUCAACGACCAGCGUGUGGCGAUCAAGAUGCUGCUGCCGAGUACACGCCGAGACAUCAAGCUUGUGAACGAUUUCCUAGCUGAAGCGAAGCUCACGGCCAGCAUGGACCACCCGCGCAUUGUCACAUGCAUUGGAGUCGCCUGGGAUUCUCUCUCGGAUCUGUGCGUGGUCAUGGAGUUCAUGGAGGGCGGUGACCUGCGAACACUACUAAGCAACUACGAGAAAACAGGCCACCCGGUUGGCUUUAACCGCGAAAAAGUCGCGAUCGCGCUUCACGUGUGCCACGCACUCACGUAUCUGCACUCUCUCGAGCCUUCCGUGAUCCACAGAGACCUGAAGUCUCGCAAUAUUCUGCUCAACGACGCCAAUGAAGCAAAGCUCACGGAUUUCGGGAUCUCACGAGAGCGUCUGGACCGAACCAUGACGGCGGGAGUGGGGACGUCACUGUGGAUGGCUCCGGAGGUGAUGACAGGCGAGCGAUAUGAUGAAAAGGCAGACAUGUUCUCGUUCGGAGUCGUGCUGUCGGAGCUGGACUCUCACACGCUGCCGUACGCUCAGGCCAAGCAGGAGAUGCAGCAGUCCCAUGGCCGUCAGAUGAGCGACGCUACUCUCCUCCAAAAGGUAGCAAUGGGGACGGUCAGUGUCGAGUUUUCAGACGCAGCACCUCGGUCCAUGGUGGAUCUUGGCUGUGCUUGUGUUUCGGUGGGCCCGACCUUGAGACCAAGCGCAGCAGAGGCUCUUUUUAAGCUACAGGUGAUUCUGUCAAAGGAGCUGGCGAACUAGUAUCGGGUAAACUUACUGGUUGAAUGCCCCCCGCUUGAGGUAAGUGUAGUUGCUGCUCGGUCAACACCAAGUGCAACCUUCAGUGUUGACCGAGGACUCUGAAACU